AUGAUAAACAUCUCUUUUUCGAGAAGUUCACAAAAUGAAAUCUUAAUGAUCAAAUUCUUAAAUAAUUCAUUCAUCUAUUCAAAUGAAGGAUACCCCCAAAUUGAAACGGAGGUUUCCUGUCUUAUACCAAAGGUGAUAUUCUUAAAUGAAGACACCAUUGCUUAGGUGCAAUUAGCAACCAAUAGUAAUUUUUAUAUGCUCUAUUUUAUUGGAGCAAUGUGUGGGGGAUCUGUGUUACUUGGAGGAGUUGAAGUCUUUUUUAAUUUGUUAGAUACUCUCCAAAUGCUAUCUUAUUUGAAAUAUCUUAACACAUAAUUCCCUUAUAAUUUAUCAACCUACUUUCAACUUUUUGGAUUUGCUUAAUUUAACUUUAUAUAAAAGUUUUUUGAUUUCUCAGGGUUUAUUGAUUAGAUAUUUAAUACACAAGAAUUAAAGCAAAUACCCACGAAAAUAGCAAAUGAUGGAAUAACAUCAUUAUUUGUUAUUAAUGCAGCAACAAUUAUUACAGUUUGGAUUUCUCUAUUUUUUAUCUUUGCAAUUGCAAAAGUGAUUUAGUCGACUCAAAUUGCUUUGCAAAAUAAUCAACCAUUAAAAGUAACAAAAAAAGUUAUUAUCUAAACUAUACCUAAAAUUCUAUAAUUAAUUAAGUUUAAAUUUUUUUCUGAAUCUUAGACAGAAGGUUCUUGGCUUGUCAAAGUUGGAGUAUACUAUCUAACUAUUAAGUAUAUCAUUAAUAGACUUUGUUUUACUAUUGUUUCAGAAUUCUUUUAUAGUGGAAUCUUACGUGCUCAUAUAGCAACUGCAUAUGAUUUUACUUUCAGUGUAGUAUUAUAAUUGUAUGCCUUAGAAUUGAAUUCAUCAAAUAUGUUUAUAAGAUUAAGUUCUUUAUUAGCUUGUGUAGCAAGUGCAAUAUAUCUUUUCAGCAUUUAUUUUGUUAUAGCACUAUCCUAAAUGAAGAAAUAUGCUUUGAAUAAUAAAGCUAUCUAAACUAAAUAUGGAUCUAUUUUUGAUGGAAUUAAGAUAAAACAAUUUUCUAAAUAUCUUAAUACAAUACUUCUAAUCAAAAAAUUGAUCUUUAUGAUUUUAUUGAUUUUUGCUUAUGAAUUUCCAAUUUUUCAAACAGUCAGCAUUACAUUUCUAUCAAUUUCAAUGAGCCUUUUUUACAUUUUAUUUAAUCCAUUAGAGGACAAAUUGGAGUAUUUUAAAUAGCUAUUUAGUGAAGUUACAUAAGUAUAAUUAGGAUAUUUUCCAUACGAAAUUCAAGAAUAUUUUGGUUGGGCUUGUAUUUUUUGUAUUACCUCAAUAUUAUGUAUUCAAUUAGGAAUUGAUGGCUUUUAAUAGUGGAGGUUCCUUUUUAAAAAGUAUAAGCAAUCAGCAGAUUAGCUAAAUCAAUACUUUGA